AACCAUUCUGCAUUUGUCCAGGCGGUUCAAGUAGCAUCAUGGCAGCCUAGUAGCUACAGUAGCGUUAGCGUGGUGUUUAUCGAAAGUGCCAAUAUUUAAGGGCGGCACAUAUGGCUAAAAUUACGAAAGGUAUAUUGGCCGCCGCUGAAGUGAUCAGAAAACAUCCUGUAGAAGUUCAGAAAGCGCUGGUCCAGUCAUGUUUGCAGUCCGAUUCAGCGCUUACUAUUGAUGAGAAAGCAAGGUCCUGCGGCUUAUGUCCUGAGGAGCUAAAAGCUGCGUAUGAAGCUUCCAAGUGUCUGGUCUCGGCGCUGCGGUUCCUGAAAGAGGCUCCCGCGAUAUCCCUCAUUGAAGACAUGUGCCUGGACGCCGACGUUAAUACGCUGUUGAAGACGGUGGCAUCAUCGAAUGUUGGGAAGCAAGUUGGACCUUUGGGGAAGCUGGUCAAUGUUGAAUGGAAGGUAGGUGUUGCAGCUAUGUCUGAUCUCUGCAAGAACCUCAACUCGCCUUUUGUCAUGCUCGAGCUAACUUUGGAAGAUUCUACCAGCAACCGGUCUCGUCACACUAUUGAACUUACAGUCCCAGAAUUCCAGAAAUUUGCAUCGACAAUGCAAGAGCUUCAUGGCGUUAUGUCAACUAUGUAAAUAAAGAGGUCUUCACACA